CUUUAACCGUGAUUCUUGACAACAACAAAAGAGAAGAUGAUGGACGAUUUCAACAAAAUUUCACAAUACAUCGAUCCAAAGAAUCAGACUACAUUCACUUCUGGCUUGCAUGUCAACUUUAGGAUCAAAAGCGAUAAUCUCUCAAGUUCAAAGAAGAAAUCAUUGCGGCGCUUUCUUGAUACAGCCUCGUUAGCGAAUCAAUGCUGUAUCAUAUGUUCGCAAGCCAACCUUUUUGGUCAAAAUGAGAGCUGGCCAAGAGUAGACUGCGUGAUCAGUAAAGAUUUUGAGCGCUGUCUACUCUGCUUCAUGCUGGACAAGACCCAAGCAGCAUGCGGCGUAAACAAGACUUGCGGACCUAGCAAGGAUACCCAAAUUGAGCCAAAGAAAGGUGAAUCAAGUACUCGCCCAAAGCCUAGGCCAAGAAUGAGGGAGCCUAUCCCUAAAGGUCGGCGAAUUUCUUCCUCUCCUGAACCGGUCGCAACGACGAGCAAAAAGAGGAAAGGAAAAGAACGAGAAAGGGAUCAAAUACAAUCUGACCCGUCAAAGGAGACUUCUUCUUCCUCAUCUGCCAAACGAAGGAAAACAAAAAAUGUAAGAGAACGUAGUGAAGCCCAUCAACAUUCUGAAAAAUGCUCAUGUUGCUCUUGUGUCAAUCAUUUAGACAGAGCAUUUCAACAAAUACGACAAAUAGAACGCGAAAAGUUUGAGCAAAAAGAGAACAUGACCGCUAAAAUAAAAGAUCUGGAGCACUUAAUUGAGAAGAAAGAUCAAACAAUCGUUUCAUUGAAACGCAAGAAAGUAAGUGAUGUGGAUUAUGUGGCAAAUUUACGCAAAGAAAAUGAGAUAUACAGGGCGAAAGAUAGAUCCGCAAGAAAGCGCAUAUAUGAGCUUGAGAAGGCUUUGCGGAAUGUGAAAAGGUGUACAAAGAACGUAUGAGAUUGAAUAGUGCUUGAGAGAAUUUGUACCAUGAGCCUGAGGGGCUAUACCUCACCAAGAAUGAGAGCAAGUAGUCUAGAGCGAAUGACGAUAAAUGCUUCUGCCAACAUUACGCGCUCUCAAAC